CUAGGCGAGCGUGCGUAGGUUGAUGUCGGUGGACAGCUUGAAAAACUCAUUCAUUAGAAUAGGCAUUAGGUAGUUAGUUAAGGUUUGAUAGUUAGGUCAAGUUGUAUUAUUUCCACAACAAUGAUCGAACCGAAGAAGCGUGGGGCAGAGAUGGCACUUGUUCCAGCCGGUGUGAAGAAACCCCGGACCGAGUUGGUGGCCGUAGCUCAGUCCCAGCAGCUCUCUGCUAUGGGUCCCCCGCGCAGCUCCAGUCUGCAGGCGCCUAUAAUGCUGCUCUCUGGUCAUGAAGGAGAAGUUUACUGCUGCAAGUUUCAUCCCAAUGGAGCCACUUUAGCCUCCUCGGGAUAUGACCGCCUCCUCUUACUGUGGAAUGUGUAUGGAGACUGUGAGAACUAUGCUACACUCAAAGGCCACAGUGGAGCUGUUAUGGAGCUUCACUACAACACCGAUGGCAGUCUGCUCUUCUCAGCCAGUACGGACAAGACGGUGUGCGUUUGGGACAGCGAGACAGGGGAGCGUGUGAAGCGUCUGAAAGGUCACACGUCCUUUGUGAACUCAUGUUUUCCAGCUCGACGCGGCCCACAGCUGGUCUGCACAGGCAGUGAUGAUGGAACUGUGAAGCUGUGGGACAUCAGGAAGAAGGCCUCUGUUCACACAUUCCAGAACACCUAUCAGGUUCUCAGUGUGACAUUCAAUGACACCAGUGACCAGAUAAUCUCAGGAGGCAUUGACAAUGACAUAAAGGUGUGGGACUUAAGGCAGAACAAACUGAUUUACAGUAUGCAAGGUCAUGGAGACUCUGUGACAGGCCUGAGUCUCAGCUCAGAUGGGUCAUACCUGCUGUCUAACUCAAUGGAUAAUUCUGUGCGUGUCUGGGAUAUCCGUCCAUUUGCACCCAAGGAGCGAUGUGUGAAGAUCUUUCAGGGAAAUGUUCAUAACUUUGAAAAGAAUCUUCUUAGAUGCUCAUGGUCACCUGACGGGAGUAAGAUUGCAGCAGGAUCUGCGGACAGGUUUGUUUAUAUCUGGGACACAACAUCUCGUAGAAUCCUUUAUAAGCUCCCUGGUCAUGCUGGAUCUGUCAAUGAGGUGGCUUUCCAUCCAGAAGAACCCAUUGUUCUGUCUGGAUCCAGUGAUAAGCGCCUCUACAUCGGAGAGAUUCAAUAACUGUGUGUGCGAGUGUUUCUGAAUGGGAUAGGAAGAAGAGGAAUUUGAAUUUACUAUUUUUUUAUGUAGUUGGAAAAUGUGACCAUGUUGGACUUGUUUUUCUAUGCUUUUAAUAAACAAAUU